CUUCCUUCCUUUCUUCAUACAGUUUCUAACGAGGUGCCUGAGCACCCCUGCGUGUCACCAGUCUCCAACCAUGUCUAUGAGCGCAGGCUGAUCGAGAAGUACAUUGCAGAGAAUGGGACCGACCCUGUAAACAACCAGCCUCUCUCGGAGGAGCAGCUCAUAGAUAUCAAAGUCGCCCACCCAAUCCGACCCAAGCCGCCAUCUGCUACUAGCAUACCAGCCAUCCUGAAAGCCCUCCAGGAUGAGUGGGAUGCUGUCAUGCUGCAUAGCUUCACCCUCCGUCAGCAGCUGCAGACUACACGCCAGGAGCUGUCCCACGCACUCUACCAGCACGAUGCUGCCUGCCGUGUCAUUGCUCGGCUCACCAAGGAGGUCACCGCGGCCAGAGAAGCCUUGGCAACUCUGAAACCCCAGGCUGGCCUCAUCGUGCCCCAGACGGUGCCAUCCUCCCAGCCAAAUGUGGCAGGUGCUGGGGAGGCCAUGGAUCUGGGAGAGCUUGCGGGCAUGACCCCCGAGAUCAUUCAGAAGCUUCAAGACAAGGCUACGGUGCUGACCACGGAGCGUAAGAAGAGAGGGAAGACGGUUCCAGAGGAGCUGGUGAAGCCAGAGGAGCUCAGCAAGUACCGGCAGGUGGCUUCGCACGUGGGGCUGCACAGUGCCAGCAUCCCAGGGAUCCUUGCCCUGGACCUCUGUCCUUCCGACACCAACAAGAUCCUCACUGGGGGGGCUGAUAAAAACGUUAUUGUCUUUGACAAGACUUCGGAGCAGAUCCUUGCAACGCUCAAGGGACACUCUAAGAAGGUUACCAGUGUUGUGUUCCACCCAUCUCAGGACUUGGUGUUCUCAGCUUCUCCUGAUGCUACUAUCCGGAUCUGGUCUGUGCCCAAUGCUUCCUGUGUGCAAGUUGUCCGUGCCCAUGAGGGCUCUGUGACAGGGCUGAGUCUCCAUGCAACAGGUGACUACCUCCUCAGUUCUUCUGAUGACCAGUACUGGGCUUUCUCGGAUAUCCAGACAGGCCGUAUCCUCACCAAGGUGACGGAUGAGAGCUCUGGCUGUGCUCUCACUUGUGCCCAAUUCCAUCCAGACGGGCUCAUUUUUGGAACAGGGACAAUGGACUCCCAGAUCAAGAUCUGGGAUCUGAAGGAACGUACCAAUGUGGCCAACUUCCCAGGGCACUCGGGCCCCAUCACUAGCAUUGCCUUCUCCGAGAAUGGCUACUAUCUUGCCACGGCUGCAGACGACUCCUCUGUCAAGCUCUGGGACUUGCGUAAGCUCAAGAACUUCAAGACAUUGCAGCUGGACAAUAACUUUGAGGUGAAGUCUCUCAUUUUUGACCAGAGCGGUACCUACCUGGCCCUGGGAGGGACGGAUGUUCAGAUCUACAUCUGCAAGCAGUGGACAGAAAUCCUCCACUUCACAGAACACAGCGGCCUCACCACAGGAGUGGCUUUUGGCCACCACGCCAAGUUCAUCGCCUCAACGGGCAUGGACCGGAGCCUGAAGUUCUACAGUCUGUAACCCCAGAUGUGGGGUCAAGGGGGUCUCAUGCUGCAGUGUUGGGGUUUGGGGAGGGAUGGAG